AUGUCCCGUUCCAUAGAAAUAUCAGAAAAUCAGAGGAAGUUCCUCCUCGAAUCCCUAAAACACGGAUUCAGACUAACUGACCGGCCAUUCGACCACGUCCGUGACAUAUCCCUCUACUUGUCCCCCACGGAGUACGGCUACGUCGAAGUAUCAUGGGGCAAAACUAAGCUCGCCUGUCGAGUAACGGCUACCGUCACCACUCCGUACGAAGAUCGCCCCUUUGAAGGGAUAUUCACCAUCAACAGCGAGAUUUCCACUAUGGCCCUGAUGAGAUUCGACACCUCGCGAUCCAAUGAAGAAAUUUUGAUUGCGCGAAUCAUUGAGAAGGCAGUCAGGAGAAGCAAUUCGCUUGACUUGGAAAGUCUCUGUAUCAUCGCCGGCGAGAAAGUAUGGGAAAUCACCGUCGACUUGAACUACUUAAACUACGAUGGGAACUUUAUCGAUGUGGGGUGUUUUGCCGUAAUGUUGGCCUUGCACCAUUUUAAAAAACCCGAUAUUUCAAUCAAUGGGAACUCCAUUGUCGUGCAUGACAUAAACGAAAGACAGCCAGUACCGUUGUCGAUCUUGCAUAUUCCCAUCUGUUUAACCUACUCAUUCUAUAAUCUCACUGAUAAAGAACUGAAUAUUAAAGGCGAGGACGCUGACGAGAUUUGCUUGCUUGAUGCCGAUUUGUUAGAAGAGUUAAAUCGAGACGGAUCGCUCGUGAUAACUUUAAACAAGAACCGUGAAUUGAUACAAUUGAGUAAAAACGGAGGAUUACCUAUAAGCGCCCAACAGUUCUUGGAACUCACAUUCAAAUCAAUGAAAACCAUUGACCAAUUGACCGACUUGAUCAAAACUAAAAUCAAAGAACACGAAGAGUUGCGCUACAAAACAGAAAACUUCAAACUACUCGAAGCAAGUGCCGAUAGGUAG